CGGAAAGCAAAGCCGACGGCGGUGGCGGCAGCGGCUGAAUUCUUCAACGCGUUUUUCGCAUCAAACGUCAAAGAAGAAACGCCAACCAAACAUAGCAAACUUGCUUGGCCAUUCUGCUGCCCAAUCUCCACCGUUUCACCCAGUGUUCAUCCACUGUAUCGCAAUUCGUCUCGAGGACGCGCAACGUGCAUCAAAACCCGCUACCCGUCACCCCGCGAUGGCGGGCUCCCUUGCAAGCAAGUUCCUGGCCGCGCUGGCUGUCUGCGGCACCGUCGUUGCCGCUGCUCCGACGAGCCAAGAUCAAUUCGUCUUCAGAACUGCUGCGGAUCUGACUCGCGUUCACGAAGAGCUGGACAAAGCCAAGGUCAUCCCUACCGUCCUCGAUGACUUUGAGCCCAUCAUUGGCGUCGCGGCCGAGUGGUCCUCUUCCAAUGUCGCCGAUCUCGGGAACACCCUGAAUCCUGCCGAUCUCCAAUCUGCGCCUACCGUUGCCAUUGUCAGCGGCUCGUCAAUGACCAGCGUCAUUGCCACGACGUACGUCUUGACUCUCACCGACCCGGACGCGCCUACUCGUAGCAACCCCAUCUGGUCCGAGUUCUGCCACUGGAUUGCCGUCAGCAGCUCUCCGACCAUCUCCUCUGGCAUCGAGCCGGCGGAUCUGGACGAGGUUAUCGAGUACAAACCGCCGGGACCUCCACCCAAGACCGGCAAGCACCGUUACGUCUUCACCGCAUGGGUGCCGGCCAACGGAACCAAGGAGAAGUUGGAGCUUUCGAAGCCGGAGGAACGCAAGCAUUGGGGAGGCCAGGAGGGUCGUGGGGUUCAGAAGUGGGCCAAGGAGAAUGGCCUCGUUGCCGUCGCCGGGAGGGCUAAUUGUGAAUCAGGUGCCAACUUCAUCUACGCCCAGAAUGAAAAGCAGUGA